AUGGCGAAAUUACAACCUUUGAAAAGCGGCUAUUAUGUCUGGCAAUAUGUCCCCUCCAUUGUUGCGGCCGUUAUUUUCUUGAUUCUGUUUCUUGCUACGACCUCAUUUCAUUUCUGGAAAUUUUUCAGAAACAAAGUACGAUGCACACUGCCAUUUGCAAUUGGUGGUAUCUUCGAAAUAAUUGGCUAUGCUACCAGAAUCGAUUCCCAUAACAAUACUGGCAAUCUGAUGCCUUACUGCAUCCAAGCAGUCUUCAUUCUUCUCGGUCCAGCUCUCUUUGCUGCCUCGGUCUACAUGGUACUCGCUCGCAUCAUUCGCUCCGUCCACGCAGAGGACAACUCCGUCCUGCCCAUAGACUGGUUGACCAAAACAUUUGUCCUGAGCGAUGUGGUCACCUUCUUGGUUCAAGCAGGCGGGUCAGGAAUGAUGGUCAGCAGUAGCCUUACCAACAUUGGACAAGGGAUCGUCAUCGCGGGUCUAGGUCUACAGGUGUUAAGUUUCUGCCUGUUUAUUGCCACUGCCUAUGUGUUCCAGAGGCGGAUGCGCCACAGUCCUACCGCGGAGGCAUUCGACGUUGCAAUUCCCUGGAAGCAACACUUGUAUAGCCUCUACGCGAUAAGUGCCCUUAUCCUUGUCCGAUCUACCUUCCGGGUCGUGGAGUACUCCAUGAGCAAUGAAGGCUAUCCAUUGAGCAAUGAGUGGACACUGUAUGUGUUCGAUGCUGUUCCCAUGUUCGUCGGUAUGGUGAUUUUUGGGGUCUGGUAUCCUAGAGAUCUAACGCCUUUCUUGAAUAAUGGAGCUUCAAGCAGUGAGGCGGUGGAGAUGAAGGCAUAA